GUCCGUAGCCGAUCUCGUAGCGCGCGGGUGGGCCUACGCGAGCGCUACGCCAUCCUAUUGUUUUUGCAAAUCAAAUUUUCUCUAUUAAAAUUCCUUUUAGUGUGACAUGUUAUUGUUAUAAGUUAUAUAGUGAGUGUGGUUAUAGUGUUUCGUGUUAUAAGUCAAGUGUUUUGUGCGUGAAUUUGGUGUGGGGUUUUCGUGGCGUGAGAUAACGUUAUUUUUUCUCAGUGUUUUAUCCGCAUGUCGUGUUGAGAUCGGAUUAGCAAUGAUGUCGAUCAGCGUGACCCUCUAAAGCGGUGCCGCGACCACUGAACAACUGGCGUCGUCGCCGUCAACAGUGGCGACACCACGCGCUCUCAAUGAUCUCCUGCGUGAGGUGCCACAGCUGACAUGACCUGAACCACGUCAUGUCGACUAAGAAACACUCGCCGCAGCCCAAACGUUCAGAGGCGCUCAGCGGUCGGCUUUCGAAGUCAGCUUCAGAGUUAUCAUGCGCUCCCGCAGCCGCGGCAUCUCCGCCCCGCGCCCGCUCCGCUCAUCACCACGCCCCGCUCUCUGUAGUACAUAGGACGCAGCAUUUCUUUACUAAUUUAAAGAGCCGUUGGCAACGCAGCCGCAGCCGCGAGCGAUGUCCUGCCGGCACCACCUUCACGCUCGCACCGGGUCCUGACAGCAGUGGCACGGAGUACGCUGGAGACCAGAGCUCCGAGCAUAGUACUCCUGCCAACUCGCCCAGGCAUCGGAUACAGAGGGAUUCUGUGACGCGUCAGGUGUCUACCGAUCCAGCGCCGUCCACGUCAGGCACUCCCGCGCAUUACCCACGACCGCCGCCCGCUGAACUGUUACAAUUGGAACCAGACGAAGGUCAAAGGCUAAGAGAGCAGCAACUGCGUACAUACUCGUUCUUCCAAUUGAGAGUUCACUUAAAAAGAGGCCAAAAUCUAGUAGCUAUGGACAAAAAUGGUUUGUUAUCAGGCACGAGUGAUCCAUACGUCAAGUUUAAAGCUGGAGGCAGACUGUUGCACAAAUCCAGGAUCGUGUAUCGAGACCUUAAUCCUGUGUGGGAUGAAUGCUUUACCGUGCCUAUUGAAGAUCCUUUCCAGCCUGUGCAGAUAAAGGUCUUCGACUACGACUGGGGUCUUCAAGACGACUUCAUGGGUUCCUGUCAUCUCGACCUGACGGCCUUAGAACUAGGCCGCACCCAAGACCUGGUGCUCUGUCUCCGAGACCCUGGGAAACCUACCCAGGACAUGGGAGAGAUCGUCCUGAAUGUCACUCUGUGGCCGAAAUCGCAAGAGGAUAAGGAGCAGUAUUUACUGAAGAACACGAGGCUGAGCGAUGUGAACAAACGUCUGAAGGCUCAGAUCUGGAGCUCGGUGGUCACCAUCGUGCUGGUUGAAGCCAAGAAUCUUCCCGCUAUGGACCUGGAUACCAGGUCUAGUGAUCCUUAUUGUAAGUUUAGGUUAGGUAACGAAAAAUAUAAAAGUAAGGUAGUAUGGAAGUCAUUACACCCGUCGUGGUUGGAGCAGUUUGACUUGCACUUAUACGAUGACCAGGAACAAAUACUAGAAGUCACCGUAUGGGACAAGGAUAAACAGACGAAGGAUGAUUUUCUAGGAAAAUGUGCAAUAGACUUAUCAAGGUUAGAAAGAGAAAAAACGCAUAAUAUCUGGAAGGACCUAGAAGAUGGGAAUGGACAAAUAUUUUUAUUACUUACAAUUAGUGGUACGACACAAUCAGAAACUAUUACGGACCUCAGCAGUUAUAAGGAGAAUCCUAGAGACCGAGAGAUAAUUGAGAGGCGAUAUACAUGGUACAACUUAAAUGAACAUUCAAGUGGAGUAGGCUGGCUUUGUGUCAAAGUAUACGGUGCUAAGGGUCUUGCGGCAGCAGAUUUGGGAGGCAAGUCAGACCCUUUCUGUGUACUGGAGUUAGGAAAUGCAAGACUACAAACGCAUACAGAGUACAAAACGCUAACACCGAACUGGAUGAAGAUAUUUACUUUCACAGUAAAGGACAUAACUUCGAUACUAGAGAUAACUGUCUACGAUGAGGAUCACGACCACAAAGUAGAAUUCCUGGGCAAACUGGCUGUACCACUGCUCAAUAUAAGAAAUGGUGAGAAACGAUGGUACGCGCUGAAGGACAAGAAGAUGAGGGCGAGGGCGAAAGGAAACUAUCCACAGAUACUAUUAGAAAUGCUGGUCAUUUGGAAUCCCUUAAAAGCAGCAAUCAGAGCAGUAAAUCCCAAAGAGCCAAAGUACAUGCACCAAGAAGCGAAGUUCAAACGACAACUGUUUAUUAGAAACGUAAUGAGGUUAAAGGCUAUCAUCAUGUGGUUCAUAGAAGUUGGCAAGAUUUUACAAGACUGUUUCGAAUGGGAGUCAAGGAUACGAUCAUUCUUAGGCCUGUUGGUCUGGCUGGCAUUUUGUUACUACUAUGAGAUGUGGAUGCUGCCGUUUCUUAUGUUAAUGUUCUUCGGUAGAGCCUGGCUUAUUUAUAGACUAACUGUUAAGUUCAAAACUUUCGUGAGAGCUUUAAGAAGUGACCCGAAGGCUUAUUUUUCGUAUUUAUUUCUCAGAGGCAACCCAUUAUUAGUACCUGUUGAUGAUGAGGAUCUACUGGCCGAGGAGGAUGAUGAAGAUGAAGCAGAUAAGGAGGAGAAAAAGUCUCUGAAAGAGAGAUUACAAGCAAUACAAGAAGUAACACAAACUGUACAAAAUGCGAUCGGUUACGUCGCCGCUUUAGGAGAAUCGGUUAAAAACUUGACGAACUUCACAGUGCCAUAUCUAAGUUAUUUAGCGAUAAUAAUGUUAUUUGGAGCGAUGAUGGUGUUAUACGUCAUACCUUUGAGGUAUCUGCUAAUGGCUUGGGGUAUCAAUAAAUUCACAAGAAAAAUACUCCGGCCGCAUACAAUACCCAAUAAUGAAGUCCUAGACUUAUUAUCGAGGGUGCCAGAUGACGAAACUUUGUUGGACUGCAGAGAACUAAAACCUCACCCGCCGAAUGAACACCGAAGGGACGCGAGGAAGAAACACAAACCUUCGUAACAUUCUCCGAACGCGAUCCGCAAAAGGGUCCGACAUUAUGUAAAAAAUCUUGGCAAUAAGGAUACCUAGAAACCUAGAAUGUUAUAAAGUCACGAACUUAACAGAAGUUCGCAGAAGGUGUAAGGUGCUCUUUUGCGGGUGAUUUUGAAAGAUGUCGGUCGAAAAUUAGGUAUUUUCAUUUGGUAUUUUCAUUUGGUGAUUUGGGUGAUUCAAAUAAUAUGUACACAUGUAUCUCACAGAAACCAUACCAUUUUUUGUUAAGUAAGUAAAACUUUCUUUGUAAAGCCCAUAAGAGUAGCACUCUUAAUGACUGUGUUAGAAAGAGAGAAUAUCGUAGUAAUUUGUACAGUAAAAUAUUUAUAUAAUGAGAAGGAAAUUCUACCGGGCGAUUGUCGAGAUAUGCUAAGAUAAAAGUAGCGGAUUUAUUGACCGUUAAAAUAAAUCCAUCUUCUUAUUUUUUUUUUACAUGGCAACAAUUUAAAGUAAUUGUCAAAGUUAUUAUUUUUCGUUCGUUUUUUUCUAUUGUUUAAUGUUUACUUAACUAAAAUUGUUAAAAACAUACGAUUUGUCUCAAAAUCCUUGAAUUGCUUUUCACCCCGUUAAGUAAAUAAUAUAUUACUUUGCCAAUUUGUUAUGAUGUUAUUUAAGAAAAUGUCUGUGAUUUUGAAUGAUCUGUUAAUGGCAAAUAAAAUGUGGUUUUAUAUUAUGAAAUAAUAAUGAUGACACCAAAUAUUGUGAAGUUAUAAGCAAUGUUCAUUAUACAAUGAGUACUGCAAUAAUUAUUAUAAUCGAUUAGGUAAAUAUUUCUUCCAUUGUUUUCCAAACACUAAAUCUUAGCUAGAACAUGCUAGUUAAUAUUAUAUAACUGUUUGUUGUGUGCAUAACUGUAUAGAUAGGACUCAAAGUUGACACGUUGUACUGUUUUGACCAUAUGCCGCGUGGCCAGGCUUGGCAAGAAAGGCUAGAAUCUGAUUUUUUAUGGCAACACCAUAAAUUAUACAGAACAACUACAUACACAUUUUCUACUAAUGCACGUACGUACAAGUGCAGUCAGUAGUAUUGUUUGAAACAAUCGAUAAAAUAUAUUUAUAUUCCUUCAUAAUUUCAGGUUCUAGCUUUUUCUGUCAAGCCGCAUUUAAAUACCCCGAAGCCGCUGCUUAGUGUUGCCACAUUGUAAACCAAAAACUGCCAAUCUAUUUAAUAACCAGAAUAUAAUGAAAAUUAAGGGGAUUGGCAGUAGGUAAACUAAAUCAAAAUAUUUAUGUAAAUAACUGGAGCUAUCAUAAGAAACCUGAUUUUUGUAUUUAAAGUAAAACAAAGCUCCAAACUCCUCGUUAGAAUUUGCAUUUAAGUCCCAAAUUGUAUAAAAUCCAAUAGAAUAUUAUAUGAUCACGUAGAUAGGAUUUUUUAAUGACGCCAUUUUUGUAAGAAAUGUUAUUGUUGUGUUGAUAUUUUUAAACAUGAUUAGGUAUUUACGAGAAAACAUCAUAGCAUAGCUCAUUCCUCUAUUCCUCUCAUUCCUUUACCGAUAUAAAAAUAUUUUAUAGCAUAAGACUGAGACCAAUCUCAUUAAUUGAAGAGGAUAGAUAGAAAAUCAUGUUUGUACUUUUAUUCUAGUAGAUUACCUGUUUAACUAUACGGAAAAUAAACUAUAUUUCAGCUUUUCUUUAGCUGGUUUCUCAUUCCAAUUUGUAUCUAUAUCUAGUUUAGUGUUAAGACUUGUUUACACAUGUCUAGUUUUUAUAAAGUGCAUGUCUUAUGUCACAAUGUGAAAAACGUUUAGAAAUGUAGGUUUAUUCCCGAUGAAUUCCACUUUUGAAUACAACUCCUUCAAAAGUCCAUGGCUUGGGGCACUUGGCUACGCAUUAUAUGUCUGACUAGACACGUUUAAACGAGCCCUUAGAUUUUUACUUAUUAAUAACUUACUGUUAUUUCUAUAUUCAAUCUCUAUUUUAUCCGUGACAUAAAAUUAAUGUUUCACUCUCUACUUGUCUCAAAGUUGUCGCACAAUUUCAUGCACAAAAAUGUUCUUCAAAUCGAAAUCUGUUAUGGCGUUUAUGUUGAUUGGUCUUUGAAACUUAUAAUAAAGAGUGUUAAAAUAAUUAAUUAUGAAUACAAACAUUGUGUGCUAAAGGUGCGUACAAAGGAGAAAUUGAAAUUAUAAUCUUUCAACUGGUCAAGUAGAUACCUUAAAAAAUACCUAUACGUGUCCCACAUUUUCAUAAUAUACCUCAUAGCAGACAAACAGGUAGCAAAAUGAUAUCACAGAAAAGCCUUUGAUAUACAUAAUCAUUGUAAACAGUAAAAUUAAGUACGAAGAUUUUAGGCAAACAAAAUAAUCUAUUUUUAUGUACAAACAGCCAUGACAUUGUUCUUCAUUUUGUUAAUUACCUACUUGUCUUAAUGUGAACAAAUUAUUAUGAUACUUGGCUGUAUGCCAAUCGCUAAUUAAGAUAAAAUUAUUUCGUACUAGUCAUUCGCUUUUUCAAGAUUUUGUUCCUGAAUUGUUAUUUCUUACGCGAGGUUAGAAUGCUAACAGUAAGUCACGUGGUUGAAAAUAACCUCAAAAUGUCGAAAGGGGAUAACCAAUCGUUACGUUUACAAAUGAAUACACAAGUAUUGAUACAAGAGAUAUUAAUUAAAAGAAAUGAGUGUACUAGUGAAGCUUAGAAAAUUUAUAAGUAGACUUACUGUCUUUGCCACUAGCUUCGUGUAAAAAGUGCUUAAUGUGGCUAAUGGACGAUGAGCAUAACGACUUUGCUGCAGUGGUAAAGUGUAAACUGGUAGAUUCUCAAGAGUUUAUCUUUCUUCAUACGAGUAUUAUGAAGGCCUCUUGUUAUAAGAUACUAGGUCGUCCAUAAGCCACGUUAUCUAUUUAUUUAGAUUUAUUUUAAAUUUCGUAGACUAAUGCACGGCCUGCACAGAUCUCUAAGAUACAAUGCACUAAGCACAUCUCAUUACUUACCUAAAUAUAUUUUGUAUACCAGUGUAUUUGUGAUAUAAACAAUAAUUAAUUAUUCUUGUUACAAAUAUAAUAAUUAUCGUACUACUAAGUUGUUGCUUCUGUCCUCGUUAUUUUUAAGGUUGGUGGCCAAGCUACCGAAACUCGUGUACAAUUUGUAGUGCAGAAAGAAUAAGACGUUCUCUGUAGCCGAGAUUGACGUCAUGUGCAAACAAUAUAAUAAGAUGUACCUACUCGCAAAGUGAGGGUUAGGUUCAAAAAUCUGCUUGAUAAUUCAUAAUUAUUAACAUGAAUGGUUACUCAACUACAGCAAAUUGGUCCUGCCCGAAGUCCUGUGUUAAAUCAAUGUGUGAUAAAAUUAUAAAAAUAUGCUUUACCCGCUUCAAAUUAUUACCUCCAGUCCAUUUCAACGUAUCAAACAAAUAUUAUCUUUAUGAAGCACAAAGAUAAAAAUGUUAACGCUUUCAUAUUUUAAAGAAUUAAAAAAUAAUGAGAAGACUUA